AAACCGUCAUAUUUUUGCCUCUUCCUCAACUCCACGGCGCAGAUCCGAGGAGUUUGGGAAACCCUAAUUUUCUCUUUCUCUCUCUCUGAAGCUAACAGCCUCCACAAAAAAAGCUUUCUCUUUUUUCUCUCCACACCCAGAAAAACAAUCUCUUUUUCUCCGGCUUCAUCCUUUGCUCUCAGUCAUGGCAGGUUUGGCACCCGAAGGAUCCCAGUUUGAUGGUCGCCAGUUUGAUCAAAAGAUGAAUGAGUUACUCUCAACUGAUGGAGAUGAUUUUUUCACAAGCUAUGAUGAAGUUUAUGAUAGUUUUGAUGCUAUGGGACUGCAGGAGAAUCUUCUUAGGGGCAUCUAUGCAUAUGGUUUUGAGAAGCCUUCUGCUAUUCAGCAAAGGGGAAUUGUUCCUUUCUGCAAAGGUCUUGAUGUAAUUCAGCAAGCUCAGUCUGGAACUGGGAAAACAGCAACUUUCUGCUCUGGCAUUUUGCAGCAACUUGAUUAUGGUGUUGUCCAGUGCCAGGCUUUAGUUUUGGCACCCACUAGGGAACUGGCACAACAGAUUGAGAAGGUGAUGCGAGCACUUGGUGACUAUCUUGGUGUCAAGGUCCAUGCUUGUGUGGGUGGCACCAGUGUUCGUGAGGAUCAGCGCAUUCUUCAAAGUGGUGUCCAUGUUGUUGUUGGCACUCCUGGACGUGUCUUUGACAUGUUGAGGAGGCAGUCUCUGCGCCCAGAUUACAUUAAGAUGUUUGUAUUGGAUGAGGCUGAUGAAAUGCUUUCUCGUGGUUUUAAGGAUCAGAUAUAUGAUAUUUUCCAGCUCCUUCCAGCCAAGAUUCAGAUUGGAGUGUUUUCUGCCACCAUGCCUCCUGAAGCCCUUGAGAUCACAAGGAAGUUCAUGAAUAAGCCUGUAAGAAUCUUGGUGAAGCGUGAUGAGUUGACCCUGGAGGGUAUCAAGCAAUUUUAUGUGAAUGUUGAAAAGGAAGAAUGGAAGCUUGAGACACUCUGUGAUCUCUAUGAGACCUUAGCCAUUACCCAGAGUGUCAUCUUUGUGAACACUAGGCGCAAGGUUGACUGGCUGACCGACAAGAUGAGAAGUCGUGACCACACAGUUUCUGCCACCCAUGGAGACAUGGACCAGAACACUCGUGAUAUCAUCAUGCGUGAAUUCCGUUCUGGUUCCUCUCGAGUUCUCAUUACCACUGAUCUCCUGGCACGUGGUAUUGAUGUGCAGCAAGUCUCCCUUGUCAUAAACUAUGAUUUGCCGACUCAACCAGAAAACUACCUUCACCGUAUUGGACGUAGUGGACGAUUUGGAAGAAAAGGUGUGGCCAUAAACUUUGUGACAAAGGACGACGAGAGAAUGCUGUUUGACAUCCAGAAAUUCUACAAUGUGGUCAUUGAGGAGCUUCCAUCAAAUGUUGCCGAUCUCCUCUGAUGAGACUACCUUUUUUGAAGUUGGUUGAGGAAAGGAGUUUUCGUAUUUAGCCAGUGUUCUAUUUAACGUUUUGCCUUUGUUAUUUUCUUUUUCAUUUAGUGGCUUUUCUAAGUUAAAUGUUGUCCUUAAAACAUAUCUGACCGUUUACUGAUAUGUGUUCUGCACAUUUGCAACAUAAAGAUUGUCCAAUAUCCUAUUCCUUUGUGUUGGUGGGUAUAUGUCAUUGCAGUGUUUGAUGCUCUAGGCUUCUGUCUUCGAAUGAUAAAUGUUUUUUUUUUUU